AUGGCACCAACGUCAGUAUCGCCAAAGUUCGACAAACUCGGAUACUGGUCACCCAACACAGCAUCUAUUGACUGGUGCGAGAACAACUACACAGUCAGCUACUACAUCGCUGAGUUCUGGAACACAACCUCCAGCUUCCUCAUCGCCGCCAUCGCCGCUGCCGGAUACAUGAACCUGGCCUCGUAUCGUGAGCGACGGAUGACCCUGUUGAUGCAGAUAUUUUUUGCGACCGGGGUGGGCUCGGUGCUGUUCCAUGGGACGUUGAGGCACAAGAUGCAGCUGUUGGAUGAGUUGCCGAUGCUCUAUGCGGCUACUGUGGGGAUGUUUAUCUGUAUCGAGACUCGGUUUGGAAAGCAGGGGCAGUGGUUCCCCAUUGCUCUUGGCGUUUGGUUAGUGAUGACAACGAUCAUAUUCUCGACAACGUCUGGAACGCUCCAGUCUGUCUCCUUCCAGGCAACCUACUCAUCCAUGGUCCUUACAGGCCUCUACUUCCUUCGGGGAUUUCACCGUCAACAACAACGCAUCCGACCCAACCUGGAUAUCUCAAAACUAAUCCACCUCUCGUGCUGGACCAUGCUGGCCGCAGUGGUGGUGUGGCUGGUGGAUUACAACUUGUGUGUGUUUAUUAAUGGCGUCAGCCAGGAGUCUGUCUUGAAGUGGAACCUGCAGUUGCAUGCGUGGUGGCACUUAUUGUCGGCGUAUGGUGUCUAUGGUGAGUUGGUGCUUGUGAUGUAUUAUCAUUAUGAUAUUCGCGGGGAGAGGCCGCAUUUGAAGGAACAUAUCGAAGCAGGGUGCAGCAACAACCUCCACAACCUCCCAAAAGUCCAAUCAAUCGCCAUCCUCUGCGCCCUCCCGAAAUGUAACCGCCGCGACAGAGUCGUCCAAACCUGUUCCGAUUGCUCCCAGACCUUUUGUCUUCCACACCGUCACCCGCCUGACCACAACUGCCCCAAGAUCGAAGAGCGCAAACUGGCAGUGGAAGCUGAAACUGCUAGACGCCAAGAGAUCAAGGAUACCAUUGCACGGAAACUGACUGGAUCUACUGCUGGUGCGACAAAAACAACCGCCACGACGGGAUCAAUGGUGACGCCGGAGGAGAAGCAGAUGCAGGCAAAGGUGAAGGCGGAAGCGGCUAAGGCAGCCAUUGCGGAGGCAAAAGCCAAAAUCGCCGCCAGGACCUCUUCCACCAAAUCAGCCGCUGCAACCACUACAACACCUUCAGCUACUACGACUGGCGCAACUGCAACACUAGCUCCACCAAGGGUCAAGAAGGCUUCUCGUGUCGUCACUGUCAUGAAAAUCAAGAAAACCGCCAUGGGCGAGGAUAAGAUAUCCAUCAGUUCAAGGCUAUAUGUAUACAUCCGAUCACCUGUGUUUCCUCAGCUGGACGACAAGUCUGUCUAUGUUGACAAGACUUGGACUGUGGGCCGGUCAAUGGACAAGAUUGUCGAAUGGCUCAAGAUCGCCGUGCCUAAGAACGAACCUUUCGAUGCCCAAAAGAGGUUCAGCAUAUUUCACGCGAAGGAGUUGGACGAUACGCCGACAAUGCUCAACAUGCAGGAUCGGUUACAGCAGAUCACGACCGUCGAGAGUGGCGAUGUCUUCUUCCUAGCCCCAGCAGAUUGGGCAUGGUCUACGUAA